AUGGCUCGUACGAUAGACCUCUCUUCGUAUGUAGUUCGUGAGUCUACCGCGGUCGUUUCACAGAAUGUUCAUACUGAACCAGUAGGGGAAUAUUAUUUCCCAAUUCCAGAUGUCUUGGCUGAGCAUUUAGCAUAUAUUGAAGUCAAGGAAAAAAAAACUGACAAGUUUUUUGCUGUUGAAAAAGUUGAUUUAGUAAAGUGGACCCAAUACUACAAAAUUUACUUUGAUCAUCGCAUUGAUCCGCAAGAAAAAAUUUUAUUCAUCGUGAAAACAGCCUAUACUCAUGCAGUAACUCCUUACCCAUUCGAAAUUGCCCAGACUGGAAGGCAAAACUUGAUAUAUCGUGGAAAUAUUUACGGGAACAGCGCAUAUUAUACGGAAAAGCAGAAGACUAAUGUCAAGUUAGUGAAACCCGGUCUUGUGAGCCGUAAUACCAACAUUAUCACCUAUGGAUCAUUUAGCGACCAAGAGCCUGGUGCGUUUGACGAGCUCUCGGUACACUAUGAAUUCCAACAGGCAAUUUUGACUGUUAAAGGUUUAAGACGUGAUUUAGAAAUUAGUCAUUGGGGUGGAAAUUUAGCAGUUGAGGAACAUUUCAAUCUGACACAUGAUGGUGCAAAAUUGAAGGGUCAGUUCUCACGAUUGGAAUACCAACAAACACAAUUUAUUCAUCACGAAACUACUAUGGCACGUGAUUUUUUAGUAAAGUUACCUGCCCGCGCAUCGGAUGUAUAUUAUAGAGAUGAGAUCGGCAAUGUAUCAACUUCACGAUUGAGAAAUGAACGAGACACAACAGUUUUAGAAUUUAGACCGAGAUACCCACUUUUUGGCGGUUGGAAUUAUACAUGGCAUUAUGGAUAUAAUGUUCCCCUUGGUGAUUUUUUAAGGUACCAUAAGAGUGGUAGGUAUAUUUUGAAUAUACCCUUUAUUAAUCCGUUACAUAACGCGGCUUUCGAUCAUGUACAAGUUAGAAUAAUUCUACCCGAAGGAGCAAGUAAUGUUAAAGUGGAGACACCAUUUCCCAUCAGUAGAGAAACUCAUGGAGUGCAUAAAACGUAUUUUGACAGUAAAGGACGGUACCUUGUUGUUUUGGAUAAAUUUAAUGUUGUCGAAGAACAUUCGAAAAAUUUUCAGGUUUCUUAUGAAUACAAUUCGCUAGAAUUGCUUAGGAAACCAUUGGUAGCCACUACCUUCUUUUUAUGCGGCUUUUUAUUAAACAUGGUAUUUUCAAGAAUGGAAUUUAGUAUUGGAAAAAAAGUGCAAUAA